GUAAGCGGCAAGGAAGAUACCCACAUGUAGAGGUUGACCAAGGAUAAAUCAGUGAUGUUAAAUCUCAGGAGGUCUUUUAGACCUGUCAGCAGUCUUUGGUCAGAACUGUUCAUUGGCCAGUCAAGAAGUUUUGCUGAUCGCAACUUGGGAAAACCUUUGACUGAGCCAGAAUAUAUGAGAAGUUUUCCUGAUGAUGGAAAAUCACCAUUCAUAAACUUUAACAAGUUUAUGAUGAUGCUUGACAGUGACUUUUCUAUUAAGGGUAUAAGACGCUCGAUACAGAAUAUGAUUGAUAUACAACAGAGAAAAGACCAAAGCUUGGAUACAGAAAAAGUUGAAAAGCUUGGUGCUGACCUAAACGCAGCUCACUCAAUUCUGAAAGUAGGGGGACGAGUUCAGUUUACUGGACUGGACAAGUGGAUUGAACGACAGAAAGAUCGUAUACCAUUACCCACCAACCGCAUUGACAACCUCUUCUUACAAGUAGCUGAUCUCACAAAAUCUACAAUCCAAUACGAAGGACUAGAAUGUUUGAGAGGAACCUCAUUGAGGAUGCUGAUUUUGAAGGAUUGUAAGAAAAUAGAUGACUUCUGUCUUUCUCGGCUAUACAUGGUCAGUGAUACUCUAGAGUUUCUGGAUAUAAGUGGUUGUUUACAAGUGACUGAUAAUGGUAUUGGAGCAUUACAAAAAUUAAAAAAUCUGAAAUAUUUGCGUAUGAACGAUUUACCCAAUGCAGGGAAUAAGUCCUACAUAAGCUUACUUCUGCAGGAAGAGAACCCUGAUCUAUCAGUUUUAGGGGUGGAUCUAGAGGCAGUGGAAUAUAUGCCUGACAGUUUCCAAGAAAAGCCUCAAACAGAUUUCAGUUUUUUCAAAGAUAAAAGUAGUUCUGCCCAACAGUCACAGAAACAAACAGAUUCAGAGAAGACUUAAAGUACAUGUAUUUACCACAAAAAUGUGAUCUUCCCGUCCUCUGAUACCUCAUAACAGCAUCAGUACAGUUUGUCAAUAGCUGACUGGGAGCAAGUGUUUACUGGGUUGUCUGUGAUAUCUUUUCUUAAUCUGUGUAAUUAUUAUUAUUAGGGUGAAAGACACUUAUACAUGUAAUGCUAUAAAGCCACCUUGUUAUGUUCAUCUAAUUGCAUAUGUAACUCUGCAUUUGCAUAUUGCUGAUAUUAUCAUGGUUAAAUCAUGGUUAAAUCCUUUUAAAAGAGUUUAAAUGUGAUUUAUUUGGUACAAUAAUUAUUUCAGAAUAAUGGAUACCCAAGAUUACACAUAUUAAAAUAUUUCUUGCUGGUGAAUUAAACAUUAGUUCACAAUAUAUGGCACAGAGAAACUCCUACAGUUUCAACAAGUGUAAUGAAAAAUUUUCCUGAAAUACCCAAAUUUGCAUUAUAGAUUUUUAAAAAAUGUACAUGAACAUGUUUGGCAUAAGCACUAGAUCAGAGUUAAUUUAAAAUCCUAGUGGUUCUGAUGCUCUAAGAAGAACUACAAUCUUUGAACAAUAUGCUGGACUAGUUGCUUUGUAGGGAAAGAUAGCAUAAAUAUAUCAUGCCAAGUACCAUACUUAUAUACUUAAUGUUUUGUGUCAAAAGACAUUCUUACAUAAUCUGUUGUACUUUUCUUUAUUUAGAGAAUUACAUAAUUUACACAUGCAAUUUUGAUUGAUCUUGCCUUUGUUCUGACAAUUAAUUGUUAUCAAGAUAUUUUUAUCCAAGGCUGAUAUAAGUUAGUUUUAGUAUAGUGUCUAGGCAAGCAGUCCUGUUCAAGAGAACUAGAUCUAUUUAACAUCUAGCAGCUAGGUUUGUCUCUAUGUUUUGUUUUGGAUUAAUAAUAAAGUAACUUGACAGUGAA